GCUUGUAGAGGCAAUUGUAUUUCUGCGGGCUUUCUCCGGACAACGAAAGUUUUACUGAGGGCAAUGACUGCUAAAGCAGGUGAUAUUCCGGCAAUCAGAGUUGAGGAUUACGAUGAAGCACUGAAUCAACGUGGUGGCACUGUCGCCGCUAGCAACACAGAAUUCUUCAAACACAUUGACGCUCUGAACGCUCUGCUCGACAACUCGUUAAGCUUAACGAACCUUGGCAUGCAGCAGCAGCAGCAGCAGCAGCAGCAGCAGAACCAGAGAGCAGACCUAAUCCCACAAGUACAGAAUCUGAUGUACCCUCAGCAGACGCAGGAUGUACAAAGCAUGAUGGGAUACACAGGCAUGAAUCAAACGCAGACGAACACCUCUGUUGCAGGCUUUCCAGGUCCAGGCAUGCAGGUUUUUUCUUCUAACAUUAAUGCUCCCAUCCAGCAGUGGGCAAAUGUAAGUAACAUGUACAGCCAAUCAAACGACAGCAUGUCAGUGUGCCAGACGCCUCAGCAGAAAUACCCACGAGCUAUCAAGAGUGAUAAAUCAAUCAGUCCAUCAAGUGAUUUGAAUUACUCGACCGAUUCCUCCCUCUACUCAUUUGGAAGUCCGAUGAGCGAGGCAACACUGUCGCCGAUGGAGAAGAUAAUCUACUCAACGUUGCUGAACCGGCCAUCACCGUCGACACGAACACCAUCGCCGUGUGACUCCAACACCAGCGGCUUUGGCAGUGAUGGCUCCGAGUCCGUCCUCGCAGAUAUGAUGUCAUCGAUGAACCUUGGUGGUAGAACUCUACGCCGGCAGUACGCAGACCAGCAGAGCCAGUUGUGUACGGUGUACCCGUCGUCGGUGACCGCGAGCGACGGGACGUUGAUACCACUGGCGAAGGACUCGCAGCUGGAGCAGGCCUGGCACUCGCAGUCUAUCAAUCCCGUCCUCAACAUGACCAACAUCGACCCCUACGCCAUAGACCGCGCCGCCAGGCUCCACAGAAAUGCGGCAUCCAUUAGUGAAGCAAGCUGCACAUGGAGUGGACAGUUGGCCCCAAGAAUGAUGAAGAAUCCUCCAUACUCUUGCAAGGUCUUUUUAGGGGGUGUACCCUGGGAUAUUACUGAAGCUGGGUUACAAGCAGCCUUCAGCAAGUUCGGUUCCCUCAGGAUUGAAUGGCCAGGAAAAGAUGGCUAUGUGUAUUUGUUGUUUGACAAUGAGAAGUCAGUCAGACCUCUACUACAGGCAUGCACCCAUGACUUCACAAACGGAAACUACUACUACAAAAUAUCUAGUCGCAGGAUGCGAUCAAAAGAGGUUCAGGUGAUUCCGUGGGUUCCUGCAGACAGUAAUCACGUCAAACAGCCGUCACAGCGUCUUGACUCAAACAAAACGAUCUUCGUCGGCGCCCUUCAUGGAAUGAUCACAGCAGAAACUCUCGCCAACAUCAUGAAUGAUUUGUUCGGACAUGUGGUAUAUGCUGGCAUUGAUACAGACAAAUACAAGUACCCCAUUGGCUCUGGAAGAGUGACGUUCAGUAACAAGAAGAGCUACAUGAAAGCUGUCCAGGCAGCAUUCAUAGAAAUCAAAACUCCAAAGUUCACUAAAAAGAUUCAGGUGGACCCGUACCUGGAAGAUGCCAUCUGUUCACUGUGCAGCAUUCAGCAAGGCCCCUACUUCUGCCGUGAGCUGCAGUGCUUCAAGUACUUCUGUCGCUCAUGUUGGUACUGGCAGCACGCCCUGGACACCAUGAGGCAUCACAAACCACUGACCCGCAACACGAAGAACGUGACGCCUAUUUGAAAUACUCAACCUUCUCCUGAUGGUUUCUUGUGAUUACGAAGUGCUGAACAUAAUAUGGUGCUGCAUUUGAGUGUAAAUAUUUUUUGUGCUCAAAACAUGACAAUUUAUUUUUUUACAAUAUGAAUGUUUUUUGCAUUUUAUAAAGUGCUCGGUUUAUGAUGUAUGAAUAAAAUUUUGUCAGUUGAGAGCAUAAAUAUGCCAUAAUAUUAAUAACAAAUGGCAGUUUCUUGUUCUUAAACAAUAAAAUGGUUUUUUUCCUAAUGUUUUGACAAAGCCAUUGUUUGAAUUAAAUGCCAGUUAUUUAAAAUUGUUAUUUUGGUAAUAAUAUUUAUGUUCAAAUGAAAUAACAUUUUCACAUUUUGUCACUAGUUGUAAUAAUGACAAAUGAUUUUGAAUAUAUGAGUGCUAAUUAAUAUUUCUCAUGUGAUGUUUUUGAUAUUUAUAUUUAUUUCAUGAUCUCAUUAUUUCCAUGUCUUGGGUUAUUUAAAUGUUCGUUAAUGGUGAUAAGUUAAAUAUGAUAUGUAGUGUUCUCAGUUUCUGAACUAAGUUUGCGCACCAGUUGAACAGAUGGGUUUAUUGAUUCUGGCAAUGCAAGUGCCAAAAGUUUAGCUAGUGUGAAAUCAUCAUGACAUUUUGACUUUUAAAUAAAAUACAAGAAAUGUUCAUGUUUCAAGUUUUCUACCACUUUCAGAUGUUUCCUUCUGACUUUUAGACUUUCUAGCCACAACAUUACUUAUUAAAUAUUAAAUACAAUUUCUUGUUUAAAAUAUCAUUAUCUAUAUAUUCAAUGUGUUUGUGAUUGGCUUAAUGUUUGUAAUAACUCAAACGUCAUUUUUCUUUUCUAAUACAUGUAUUGUUUUUUGUAUGUAUGAAAUUAUUGCGGAGAUAACAUCCACUUUUAAGUUACUACAGACAUUGGACAACCAGAAACAUAUUAAAUAUAUAUUACAAUAUUCAAAAUAAGAUUUAUUUGAUAUGUAAUUUUAGUCAUUAAAAUGAAAGCAAACUCAGGACAGUCCCUUUUAAAUUGAUGAACACAAUUGAUAACCAUGGCAAACAUUUAAAAUGGUGAGGGAUUUGGAAGCUGAUCCUUUGAGGACUUGUAACAGACUUCACACUUUUAUUUCAUAAACAUUUUAUUGAAUCUAGAUUUGAAGAAAGUACCAGAUUUUGCAAGCAAUGCUGGAUCAUAUUUGACAUGGUCAAUUAAAACUGCAGUUGAAAAUGAUUACUAGUGGUGGUGUUAUACAAAAUAAACUUGGCUUUAACUUUUUGAAAAAUUUUAAGGUCGGACCAAGUCAAGCCACUCCUGCAUAACCAUGCUUUAGUUUAUAUUUGUUCUUUUUGGUGAUCACCAGCUUAAGGAAUUGGAGAACACUAUAUAUUUUGAGUAUCUAGAGAAGACUAGAAUUUGGAUCUGUGGGUUCAUGCCGACAACUUUUGUUGGCUGUUAUUUCCACAAUAUAUAAACGAAUGCCUUUGAGCUUUCCAUAUAUCUUCAUGUUAUUAUAUUUUUUUUGCUGCACCUUUAUUUCAUUGACAUUGUUUGAUGUUGUAUUUGUUAUUCUGUUACAUUUUGCACCAUAUUUCUAUAAAUGUUAUUGGAAGUUGUUAUUUUGCUCAUACUGUCUUCCAACAAAUCGUGGUUUAAUGAGUUAAUUUUUUCUUUUGGGGUCAUUUUGUGUAUAUUAAGUUUAACAUUUACAAUAAAUAAUUGAAUUAAUUUUUUCUUUUAAUGAACAUUCAUCAAUACUCAUUUCCAUUAAUUUGUUUGGUUUAAUCAAUAUAUUUUUUGCUUUUCAUUUUUAUCUAGUGUAUAGGAAAUGAACAAAAUUAUUGUAGGCGAGUAUUUCAGAAAAGUUAAGUAGGUAAUUAUUGUAGGUGAGCCUAAUUUAGAAAUGUUAAGUAGAUAAUUAAAUUAAAUGCCAUGUCUGUGAUUCUUUUUUAUCUGAAUAAUUUAACUCACUUAUUAUUUUUACAAGUCUGUUCAGUAUCAUGAAUGCAUUUCUUUUAUUGAUAUCAGAAAUAACUAUUUUAGAACUCUUUAUUUGUGCUUCAUAAAUAUGAAAUGCUCAAUUCAAUCAUUGUUACCUCUUGUAAAAUAUUUUUUUGCAAGUUAACAAUUGUUUAAAACUUUUUAAAAAUAAAAUAACACAUGAAAAAAACCCUAGUUUAAACUGAAUUGGAAAUUAAGCGAAUUCGUAACAACAAAUCAGGAUUUGCUGCCAAUUUGUAACAACCAAUCAGGAUUUUAUGCCAAUUUAUAACAACCAAUCAGAAUUUGCUGCUAUUUUUAAACUGACUAAACCUUCUGAAUUAGCCCUUUCUUACUGAUUUUUAAUCCCAUUCAGAUAAUUAACAAAUGUUUAACUAGUAAAUAUAUACUGAUUUUUCACCAUGAUUAUCAGUAUUUUAAUAUAGUUAUCUCACUUUUAGAAAACAAAAAACCAGAGCUCACUUUUAUGGUAGCUAGAAAACAUGUGAUUAUCUGCUGAAAAGACUAUAGAUGUGGUAAAAAAAAAAAAUGCACCCAAAAAUGUAAUUUCCAAUGAUGUAAUGUGGCAUUUCAUUGUUCCAUGUGUUCAGACUGCUACGUUAUUGACAGGUAAAGACAUAUCACACCAAAAGCAAGCAUAUUUCUGUUAUUUGUAAUCUAUUUAUUAUAUUUUAAAUAUGAAAUGAUAGUUUGACUAUUUUAAUUUCCCCAAAUUGUUGGUACAAAUGUAUCUUUGAGUCAAAAUAUGUUGACACUGGCUAUCAAAAAUGCUUCCAAAACAUUUUGCCAUUUUCCUUCAUCUUGCCAUCUAUUUCACAGACACUCGCACAUACUCAAUGUUCUUUGAACAAUGGAGAUUUUUUUAUCAUUCAUAAUUAUAAUACUAUUAAAUGAUUAUAAAGAUUUUAAAGAUAGUUAGAUCCAUACAUAAUUUUACAAUGGUUCUUGAAAAAUGCAUAAAAAUCUUAGGAAAAUAUGCAUAUUAAAUCUUUUUAAACAUUUUCAGUUAUUCCUUUACCAUUAUGAAAAAUAAAGUUUUAUUAUCCACUAGAUUUUUCUUAAACUAGUGAAGAGAUGAUUUUUUUUAAUACAUGUAUUGAAUAAACAUACUAGAUACACAUACUAUGAACGUUCACCAUAUCAUUUAUGAAUAUCACCCAAUUGAUUUCUUCAAACUUUACACCUCUUACCUCUUAACUCAUAGUUAAUCAUUUAGUUUUAUACACGUGUCUGAAUUCAUCUUUUAAGAAUGAAACUUGAAAAAUAUUUUUACUUUUUGUAUGACAAGUAAACAGAACGCAGAACAGACUUACUGUACUAUAUUUCUUUAUUUUUUUAUUUUGUAUUUUGUUUUUACAAAUUUUGCAGAGAUGUGAAGGAGGGUUGUAGUGUGAAUCAAGUUUAGAUUUGAAUACAACUCUUUCAGUAAAAUAUUUGUGAACUUUAUUUAUACAGUUUAAACGUUUCGCAUGUUUAAGUGGAUUGUAAUUUAUGCACAUUUUCGAAUGUUCCCAUCCAGAUGGGCAUUUAAAAAAUUUGCUCUGCUCAGGCAAACAUGCAGUUUAAAAAAAGUUAAGUUAUAAAUUAUACCCCAUAUCAGCUUGAUGGAUGAGCUUGAAUACUACCAUCAUGGUUUAUAAUUUAACACUGUUCAUCUCUGCAAAUUUAAGCUUGACUAUAAGACUUGAUGUUUUUAUGCUUGCAUACUGUCAUCUACAAAUCUAUAUUGUUUUUACAAGAAAAUAAUAUUAAUACCAGUUAAAAAGUGGGGGUCUUUUACCAGUCUUGUAAAUUUGUUAUUUUUAAAGAACUUGUUUGCAACAGCAACUAAUAUUUUUAUCAGAUAUAUAGCUAGAUAGUUUUAUAAAAAGGUACCAGGUUGAAACAGCUUGGGAAUUGCAUGGGUUUUUAAAACAUUAACAUAUGAGUUGCUUUCUUAAAUGUGACUACUUGUGAUUAAUAUAUUAUCUUGUCGGCACAAGAUUGGUUUCUGGUCUAUCAUGUUUUAAAUUUUCAAUUUUUAAAAACGGCUGUCUAAAACUAAAUAAAACCCAAUUUUAAAAAGAAAUGGUCACUCGGUAGGACCUUUUAUCAAAAACUAACAAUUUGAUAAAUUGAAUCAGAAAAGUUUUAAGGCAAACCAGAUUACCAAAGAUUUAUGAAAAUUAUUAAUAAAAUCAUUCUUUAGUUUGAAUAACUUGGAGAAUUGAUCUCAAAUUUAAUAUUUUGUUUACAGUAUGACUUUUUUCUUUUUUUUUAAUUUAUAUGAUAGAACUUAAAAAUAUACAGUUAUGUAAUUUUCAAAGUUCAUGUUCUUUUAUAAAGGUGACAACCAGUAUUCUUGGAAGUAUAAUUUAAUGCAAGUUGUUCAUCCUAAAAAAAUUUGCACUUAUUUAGGAAUAUACUCAACAAAUAAGUUAUUUAAAGUAGUAUUGUAUAUUUUUUUAUUGUUUUUAUAAAAAUGCAGAAGAGAUUGUUCAAUAUACUAUUGGGUUUCCUGAAUAAUAGAGCUGUUUUAACUUGUUCUUCUUUUUUAUAUACAUUUGUAUUUCCUUAAAUGUUUUAUUGUGCGCAAAGUGACAUUUUGUUUUUGGUGGUGGCUUUAUUGCAAAACAAACAAAAAAAAAAGAAAAAAGAAAAAAAAAGCUUUUAUUUAUGGAUGACAUUUUUCUUUAACAUUUUUCUCAAUUCCUUUAUCAUUAUUUGUUACUGCAAGAAAAAAAAAAGAAAAAAAAAGAUUUUGAAAUUUUGUUUUCUUUUGUUAAAUAAACAUUUUAUACAAAUUAAAGUGUUUGUAAUUUU